AUCAUACGGAUUUAAUCAACAAAUACCACACGAUACCAAAUGAACGAACUGUUUAGAACCACUAUCAUUAUUUUAUAGUCACUUAUUCGUGAUUGUUCAAACGACAAUUCAUAUUUUGAUUAUGAUGACCGGUCCGCCUGCCACUGGCUUUUAUUUAAUGGUUUCGUCCUAAAUCUUUGACAGGAAGAGCCGGUUGUUUACAGUUGGUACACAGGAAGCGAUUUAUUUGCUUCACGUUAAAGUUAAACAGCGAAUAUCUUCUUCAUUGUUAAAUACGUGGAUUGCUAACCUAUUGGCAAUUUACAUUAUAUAUAAUAAUAUAUAUAAAUGUUUGUGUCUAUGACUGAAGACCAAGUGACAACCAAUGCGAUGACUACUUUUAGCAAGGCUAGCUUGCGAGCGUAGCCAUCUAACUUAGCUGGCUGUCCAUACGUAGAAGUGGCACUCAACCAAACAGUGUGAUCAUCAGGCACUGCGUCCCGAACAACCGCAUCGAGGGGUGAGCGACCAUGGGCGCGGAGAGCAGCGCUAUGCGGAGCAUCAUCUUGGAGGAACCGCUCCUAACACUGCCCUCAGGGCUGACCAUGUACUCUGCCGUGCUCCAGGAUGGCAAGCCGGCUUCUGUGUUUGUUCACAAGCAGGGCAACGAAGACAAAGUCAACAAAGCUGCUAAGCACCUGAAGACCCUGAGGCACCCGUGUCUGCUGCGUUUCCUGUCAUGCUCAGUGCAGGACGGAGGUAUCCACCUGGUGACGGAGCGUGUGCAGCCCCUGGAGCCCCUGCUGGACAGCCUGACUCCGGAGGAGUUGUGUGCAGGCAUCUAUGACCUGCUACAGGCCCUGAUUUUCCUGCAUGAGAGGGGAAAAUCGAGCCACAACAACGUCUGCAUGUCUUCUGUGUUCGUAAGUGAAGACGGCCAUUGGAAGCUGGGGGGGAUGGAGACUGUCUGCAAGUUCGCUGAGGCUACCCCAGAGUUUCUCAGCACCAUUCAGAAUGUGAGGGAGACCAGUACUGUUCCUCCGGAGGAACGGGUGGAAGGCUUUAAAACGCUGCCAGAUAAGCAUGCACACUCUCGAGACUGCUUCUCCUUUGGAAUGAUGGUGGAAACCCUCAUCCCUCUCCUGAAUUUGAAAAUAAAUGAUUCUCUCAAUGGCUAUGUCUCUGAAGAGUUAUCAGGCAGUCUGAAGAGGACUCUCCAAGCAGGCCUGUUGACCUCUGACCCCUUGUCUCGGCCCUCUCUCAGCUCCCUACUCACUCACGACUUCUUCAGAAAUGACUUUCUGGAGGUCAUGAAUUUUCUGAAGAGCCUGACCCUGAAGGCAGAGGAAGAGAAGAAUGAAUUCUUUAAGUUUCUAUUGGACCGGGUGCAGAGCCUGCCAGAGGAACUGAUCGCAACGCGUCUUGUUCCUAAACUCCUCAAUGGGAUGGUGUUUGCUGAACCCACCGCUGUGAAGAGCUUUCUGCCUCACCUCUUAAAGCCAAACAAGGAUUGUGGUGGGAGUGAGGAGUGCCUCCUGUCGGUCUCUCUCUACAGAAAACAUGUGGUUCCUCAGCUGCUGAAGCUCUUCAAGGUCAACGAGGAACAUGUCCGGAUGGUGCUGCUGACUCACAUUCACGUCUACGCUGAGUGUUUCUCCCAAGAUGAGCUAAAGAACCAAAUCCUACCUCAGGUGUUGCUUGGGAUGAGAGACACAAAUGAUUCUCUGGUUGCCAUGACGCUGCAGAGCCUGGCUGUGCUGGUGCCGUUGCUAGGUGCCCAAGUGGUGGUGGGUGGGGAGAGGACCAAGGUGUUCAAACGCACCAGGCCCAACUUCACUAAGUCUACAGAGGUCACCCCAGAAACCUCUCCAGUUCACAUAGUUGGAGGGUCCCAUCCCCAGAUUGCCCAGCCCUCGAAGGUCCUGAGUCUGUUCCCCAAACCGGUAGCAGUGAGAGGGGGUCUGGUCCUGGGGAACAUAGACAGCCUUCAGGCCAGAGAGACCACCAGGAUAUACUCCCUGCCACCCAAAUCAGGUAGUAGUAGAGAGAUAUCUCUACCCCUGAACGGCUUCAGCAAAAACGAGGAAGAGGAGUCCUCCUACAGUCCCGACCAGCCAGAAAGGCCAGAGGGCCGGAGUCAGGCUGAGGACUGGCCAGAUUGGAGUGACCCAGAGGAGGGGGAACAGGAGCAGCCAGUCCAGACACACAUCCAGGCCUCAGACAGAACGCGGGAUCAAGAGGAGGAACCAUGGGACAACAAAGACAAAGAGCCCACGUUUGACCUCUCCCCCACUGCGCCCAUACCAGACCCUGUCGUCCUAACCGCACCACCACCCCCCCUCAACCUGACGGCCGAGCCCCUGCGAGGGGGGUCCAAACCCCUCAAACUGAGCUAUAACCUCAAGUCCUUAGAGAGGAAGACAACGGUAACGUCUUCCUGGGACAACGGCUGGGGGCAGGAAGAAGAACCACAACCUAACGACGAGCCCAGGCCCAAGCUGCACACCGCACGCAAGGAUGGCGGCACGAGGGUUCUGGGAGAGGAGUUCACCAUCGAGGUGAAGAGGAAGCAGGAAAGAGACCCGGAAUUGGACUUCUUUGCAGACAUGGAGCCGGACAUUAAACUAUCGUCUGCUGUAGCUCUGCUGCUGCCUGUGAAGAGCAAUGUUAGUGAUACUGAGCUACUCACAGCCGCACCGUCAGAACACACUGUGCCAUCUGUUGACACACUAACACUCACCGCCAAGUUCGCAGCUGCUGACCAGACGGAGACGGAAGCAGAAGGCUGGGAAGAAGGAGAUGACCUUAACUGGGGAGAGGAUGAGAACACCUGGUGAUUGACAGUUACCUGGCUGGAUCUAUUACUCAGACACAUUGUAGAGACUACAUGUUGCUGGUUACUGCAGCACUUCAAUUUCCAGGAUGCACCUCUCCUUAACCAGCCAAUCAGAGAACUGGAACACCUGCACAUCCUGUUCUAAACCGUUAUUAUGAAGUAAUAUUGCUAAUGAAAAAUAAAUGUGAGACACUGAAGAAUACAUUUUACAAUUGAGAUUUUAAUCAGAGUUUUCAGAUGGUUAAUAAGAUGACCAUCCAUCCUGUUACUAAGGAAUUAUAUCUAUGGAACUUGACUUUUGUACUAGAAUGAUGUGAGGGGACUCUUUGGGAUUGUUACCAGCUAGACUGGGGCAGCAGACCGACCUUGGGAAUCCUUCAUCAUAGUUUGCCAAAAUGUCAUCCACUAAACUAGUGGACUGUUUUAAUUCUAGUUUUGUGCCAAACAUUUCUCACCUGGCACUUUAAUUUGGAUGACUUUUUGAGAGGGGGAACCUCAAGUCCUUCCUUGCUUCCUGAGAAUUUUCAGAAGAUCUCCAAUACUCUCCUCACGUCCCUCUGAGGAGGCUGGGAAGAGCAUGCAAGGAAUUGAGGAAGAGACGUGAGAUUUCUUUGGGGGGGGGGGUGGAAAUAGACUUUGAAUGAAAGAUUUGACUAUUUCUGGUGGAAUAAAAGGUUUUAUGAUUACGUCUGGUUUUAAUUUUACGGUUCAGUUGUCUGACAAGCCUAAUAGUGUGGGGAUGGAAGCGGGGCAUGGUUAAUUUAACUGCCUUGUUCAGGGGCAGGAUGACUUUACCUUGCCAGCUGUGUUUAGAUAUUAGCAACCUUUUGGGUUACAGCCCCAAAUGCUGCGUUUACAUCCCAGUGCUCAGCUUCACUUGCACCGCGUGACAUUUGUCAACAAAAAAAUGCUAACAGUAAGGUGGUCUGCUUUAAAGUGAAAGCAACAAUCCCAAGCUUUUUAAUGGACCAUGUCUAAGAAUUCCAGUACUGAGCUAUCUUGAUUUCCCAGUUCAGGCACAUGAUUCAAUUGCUCUUUCCUGCCUUGUCUUAUGAGUGGCUACAAUGGACCUAGAUUAAAUUAUACCGUACUGCAGCUUCA